CUUCCCCCUGUGCAUCAGGUGAGUGUGAGCAGGUAGAAGGUGUUAAAAGCAUCGUCCUCUGGGGGGCUUUGGAGAAUGCAAACAGAAACGUGAGGUUAUCACCCUCUUUUGGUAAAUCAGUUACUCAUUUACAGCUCGCACCUAGUCCGGAGGUCAGCGCCGCGGUUGCAGAAAGUGUUUCACUUUGUGUGUGUGUGUGUCGUCUGUCUCCGUGCUGUGCGAGUGUCUGACUGUGGACAUGGGUUUUACAAAGUCACAGAAGAAGAAGAUUUUUAUCGGGGUGUUGGCGGCGUCGAUUGUGACCCUCAUCCUCGGCCUGGGACUUGGUCUUGGACUUGACUUGCAGAAGUGUCGAAGUGAAGUCACCACGCACACGUCCUGCAGGAAUCGAUGCUAUGAGCCGUACGAUGGGGACGUCCCCGGCUGCAGAUGUGACAUGGGCUGUGUCCACACCAACAGCUGCUGCUAUGACUACCACGACAUCUGCACCGUACCCACCCAGCAGUGGGAGUGCACGAGGCUGCGCUGUGGAGAGACGAGGCUAACGCAGAGCAAAUGUCACUGCUCCGACGACUGUCUGUCUGCAGGAGACUGCUGCACAAACUACAAACAUGUCUGCCACGGAGAGAUGGAGUGGGUGGAGGACAAGUGUAACAACCUGUCAUCCCCAAAGUGUCCAGCAGGCUUCAAGCAGCAGCCUCUGCUCCUCGUCUCUCUGGACGGACUGCGGGCAGAGUAUUUGCAGACGUGGAGCCACCUGAUCCCCGUGCUGGACAAACUGAAGAGGUGUGGGGCUUCUGCUCCGUACAUGCAGGCUGCCUUUCCAAGCAAGACUUUCCCAAACCACUACACCAUUGUGACGGGUCUGUAUCCAGAGUCUAACGGUUUGAUCGAUAACAGCAUGUACGACCCCGUGUUUGAUGCCAGCUUCAGUCUGUCCAGUCCGGAGAAAGAUAACCCUGCCUGGUACUACGGGCAGCCUAUUUGGCACACAGCAAGGUACCAGGGGCUGAAGUCCGGGACUUAUUUUUGGCCCGGGUCAGAUGUCAACAUCAAUGGAAGCUACCCCAACAAGUACCGACGUUAUGACGGCAAAGUGCCGUUUGAAGAGCGAGUUUUCACCGUGCUCCAGUGGCUGCAGCUGCCUGAAGAACAAAGACCAGAUUUCUACACGUUGUAUCUGGAGGAGCCGGAUAAAUCUGGACACAGCUACGGUCCAGUGAGUGGAGGGCUCAUUGAAGCCAUCCAGGGCGUGGACCAGAUCAUCGGGCAGCUCAUGAAUGGCCUCAAACAGAUCGGCCUUCACCGCUGUCUCAACAUCAUCGUCGUGGCAGAUCAUGGUAUGGAGGACACAAGCUGCGACAGGAAGGAGGUGCUGCAGGAGCUGGUGGGAGACACCAGGAGCUACUGGGUCACUGAGGGACCGUUUGGACGGAUCAGAGCCAAAAACAACGACACAGAGUUGGACUCGGCUGGACUCGUUGCAAACAUGACUUGUAAGAAGCCAGAUCAAAAGAUCAAACCGUACCUUAAGGCCGACCUCCCAAAGCGGCUCCACUUCGCUAACAGCCGGCGCAUCGAAGACGUGAACGUCCUGGUGGAACCGAAGUGGCUGUUUGAGAGAUAUCCAGGCUCUGUGACCUUCUGCUCUGGUGGCGCUCACGGCUACGACAACGAUGCUGAGAGCAUGCAGGCCAUGUUUGUCAGCCAUGGACCAAAGUUUCACUCUAAAACAGAAAUCGAGCCAUUUUCCAACAUCGAGCUUUACAACCUGAUGUGUGACCUGCUGCAGAUCUCGCCCGUUGAAAACAACGGGACCCACGGAAGUAUGAACCACAUCCUGAGGCAGCCUUACUUCACACCAGCGCCCCCUACAGAAAAGAGCGGGCCGGCUCAGUGUCUGUUGGUUAGCCUCCAUCCUGCAGACGACCUGGGGUGCUCCUGUCCUGCCCUGAAUGGAAGUUCGAUCAACAGUCGUCUGAAUCUGACAGCAGAGGAAGUGUUGGCAGCAGAGAAGAAGCACACGCCGUUUGGCCGUCCUCGGCUGCUGCAGCCUGAGCAGAGUUACUGCGUCCUCCACCACGAAGGAUUCAUCAGCGCCUACAGCCACAAAACGCUGAUGCCUCUGUGGAGCUCCUUCACCAUCGACAAGCCGACAAACUUGGAACCAUUGCCCCCGGUGACGUCAGACUGUUUGAGGGCUGAUGUGAGGAUCACAGCGUCCCAGAGUCCCAGCUGUCUUCAGUAUGAUGCAGCGGUAAACGUGACCCAUGCCUUCCUGUACCCACCCGUCCUGAACGCCACAGCGGACGAGCAGUUUGAUGCUCUGCUGAUGAGUAACGUGGUCCCGAUGUACCCCGAGUUUAAGAAGAUCUGGGACUUCUUUCACAGCGCUCUGCUAAAGAAAUACGCCUCUCUCUACAACGGCCUCAACGUGGUGACCGGUCCUGUUUUUGAUUUCAACUAUGACGGACAGUUCGACGCUCCAGAACAGAUUCAGAAUUUCGUGUCUGGUACCAACAUCUCCAUUCCCACGCAUUACUUCACAGUGUUGACCAGCUGCAAAGACUUGGCCGUGCCCGUGUCCGCCUGCGUUGGCGAGCUGCAGACUGUAUCCUUCAUGCUUCCUCACAGAUCUGAUAACUCAGAAAGCUGUAAGAGUGCGGAGGCAGAGUCUGCUUGGGUUGAAGAUCUCAUGUGGUUCCAUCAAUCACGAGUCAGAGACGUCGAGUGGAUCACCGGAUUAGACUUCUAUCAGAACAGCAGUCGACCAAUCGCAGAGCUGCUGAGGAUGAAGACCCGCCCCACAGCUGCCAUUCAAAGGAAACAAUGAAACCGUAACGGACUCCGAUCUGCACUGACUUUAUUUAUUGACUUUCUAAUUGACAGUUAAUUUUCACCUUGUGUUUUUGAAUCAUGUCUCAUGAACAGUUUCCUGUUAGCGUCUUAUUUUGAAUCUGUACAUAAAGAUCAUUGUUCCACAGCGAGCCUGACGAGACCAGGUGAUGUAUACAGGUGUAAGCCUUUGUGACGCUGGAGGUCAAUAUCUCUGACUGUGAACUGUGACUGUGAACAGUUUUUAAUGAUCAUGUUUGGAUAAAUAUCUGAUUUAUAUUUUAUAGGCUGUAUAUUUUACACAAAUAAAUUGAGUUUCUUCUUUUAAGAAA